AUGUCCAGCAGUCCCCGUGUCCAGCACCCCAGGGUGGCCCUGGCCACCCCCAGGCUCUCAGGCAAGGACACCAGCUGCCUAUCCCUUGGUGCAGAGGCCAGCCCCAGCCGGGAUGUGGAGCUGUGUGAGCAGGUAGGCAGCCUCACCAAACCCACCACCAUCAUCGAGGUGGCGGGCGACAAGAUCACGGUGAAGACUCAAAGCACCUUCAAAAACACGGAGAUCAGCUUCAAGCUGGGUGAGGAGUUUGAUGAGACCACGGCAGACGACAGGCACGUCAAGUCCCUGGUCACGCUGGAUGGAGGCAAACUCAUCCAUGUGCAGAAGUGGGAGGGGAAGGAGACAUCACUGGUCCGGGAGCUGAAGGAUGGGAAAUUAAUUCUGACACUCACCAUGGGCAACGUCGUCUCCACCCGCACCUAUGAGAAGGCAACAUAG